AUGGGACAGCACUUGUUGGGACCCAGGAAGCUACCCACGGUGAAACAGGUAAGUAGAAUGGCGCCAGAACAACCGUAAGUGACGAUCUCUCUACCCACAAUUCGCCAGACCCAACAGGUAAUGAGGGAAGGGUUGAUGCUCCUUAAGAAGGGGAACCAAGCCCCUCCCACAACUUCAGGCCACGCCUUCCAUAUAUAUAUAUAUAUAUAUAAAACGGUUGUGUUUGUGGGUCACUUUGAAAAGUCUUGAGUUGCAACAAGUGGCUGCAGGACACUGGUAAAUCCACAUUUUAUAUGAAACAAUGAGAUAAAUUAUAGAAUCAUUUAACAUAAGCUUAAGAAGUAGCAGGCUUUCGUUUUCAGAAGUCAUAAAUAUAAAUGAUUGAUACAUAGAGGGGAUAAAUAUAUACAUAAUAUAAAAAAUAAUGGUGAUUUGUUUCUCAUGUAACUCUAGUAAUAUAAUAGCAGUUGUUUUGUUGUUUUAUAUAGAAGAAUGCUAAUUAUCUAAUAGAAUCUAGUCUAUGGCAUCUUUCUCAGGAAAUAGAGUAAUUGGGGGUUAUGUAUACAAAAAAGUUCUCAAUGAGUUGUAGUCGAUGUAAAUAAAUUGAACAUCCUUGCUGAUUCUUCUGCUUUAAGAACUUUGUUCCAGAAUAAUACUUUAUCCAAUACACCACACCCACUAUGUGGACCUGACUGUGUGUUUAGAUUCUCUGAGCCAGUUUCUUUGACUCAUGGAACAAGUAUUGAAAGAAAUGUAUCAGUAUUAUGUAUCAAUGCGCAAACUAUUGUGAAUGUUAAACUUUUGGCCACAAUAGCCAAACCGAAAACACAGCUGUCUAGAAUAUUUCUAGUUCUGCUUUUAAAUUUUAAAUUCAUAAAUUGACGACUAAUUAUUCUUUAGUGGAUAACCUUGUGCCAGAAGUAUGAGUAAUGUAUCCUCCUCACUCUUAAACACACAGAGUGAGAGUCAUCAUAAUUUAAGUCAUUCAUCUAAUUCUAGAUUCUAAACCUUAUUUAACUGCUGUGCACAUCCAGCUAUAGCCAGGAUAAUCACAUUCAAUAAAUACCAGUGUAUACGCUAAUCAGCCACAACAUUAAAACCAUUGACGGUUGAAGUGACAUAACAUUAAUUAUAUCAUUACAAUCGCACCUGUCAAUGCAUGGGCUAUAUCAGGCAACAGUUCUUGAAUUUCAUGUGUUGGAUGCAUGAAAAAUGGGCAAGUGAAAAGUUCUGUGUGACUUUGACAAGAGCAAAAUAGUGAUGACUAGAUGACUGGGUCAAAACAUCUCCAAAACGGCAAGUCUUGUGGUGUGUUCCUAGUAUGCAGUGGUUAGUACCUACCAAAAGUGGUGCAAGGAAGGACAACCAGUGUCACAGUAAUGGGAACGCAAUGCUCAUUGAUGCACUUGGGGAGCGAAGAUUAGCCUGUCUGGUUUGAACACACAGAAGAGAUACUGUUCGUAAAAUUGCUAAAAAUCAUAAUGCUAGCCAUGAUAGAAAAGUGUCAUGCAGUUUGCUACAUAUGGGGCCGCAUAGCCGCAGAAUGGUCAUAGUGCCCAUGAUGACCACUUCCCACCGCUGAAAGAACUUUCAAUGGGGACGAGAGCAUCAGAACUGUGCCAUGGAACAAUGGAAGAAGGUUGACUAGUCUGAUUUUAUUUAAAAUCAAUCGUAUGGCCUGUGCUUACGCAUUGUUUACCUUUGAAAGAGAUGGCAACUGAAUGCACUAUAAAAAGAAGGCAGUGCGGUAGAGGCCUGGGCAUUGUUCUGCUGGGAAACCUCUGGUUGUCCAGAAUGUUAUUUUGACACAUGCCACCUACCUAGAGAUUCAUGGCAAUGGUAUUCCCUGAUUGAAGCGACCUCUUUCAACAGAAUAAUGCAAGCUGCCAUAAUGAAAAAAAUGUCCAGGAAUGGUCUGAGGAACAUUGUUCAAGGUUCAAGGUGUUCCCGUACUUUAAGUUCCCCAGAGGUCAACCUGAUAUAGAAUCUGUAAGAUGUGCUGGAACAACAAAUCUGAUCCAUAGAGGCCCCACCUCGCAACCUGCAGGACUUAAAAUACCUGCUGCUAAUACCUUGGUGCCACAUACUAUAGGACACGUUCAGAGGUUUUCUAGAGUCUAUGCCUUGAUGAAUCAGAGCUGUUUUGGCCGCACGAGGGGGAUAUACAUGUUGUUAGUCAGGCAGGUGGCUUUAAUGUUGUGGCUGAUCAGUGUAUGUUCUAUUAUUCUAUUAUCUAUAAUAAUGAUUUUUAUUUCUGUGGGACAUGACUUGAGUGGUGUAAACGAACAAAAAACUUCCACUUUCAGCAAAAUGCAGUUCAUCUUUAAAACUUGUUGAGCCUCACAGGAAAGAUAGUUCACAGACAUUUGGGGUGCAAACUGUAAUAGAUUGUACCUGCCUAGUGCUAUGAUUUAACAUGGAAUGCAAAGAAUUCCAGGUGAUGUAGUUAAAGGUUUACUCCAAACCACAGGACCUAACUGCGGCACCCAUGAAUUGCUGGUGGACAGGGUGAAAGGGGCCAGGUCAGAAAAGUUAAUCAUGCCGCUUCCAGAAUAGUGCCGGAUCUGCAUUAAUUACAGGCAGAUAAGCCUGGCAUGAAUGCUUGCCAGAUCACAUGCCAAUUAAUCAGGCAAGCCCACUGUGGGCAUAUCUUGUUGGAAGCACUGUUUCAAUACUCUCUGAAUGGUCCUAGUACCCUUAGCGUAGCAUGAGUGCGUUAUUAGACUUUUUGGAAACAGUUCUCUGGUGUCUCCAAAAGCCGGCUAGAGGGAACAAACCCAGGAUGGCGGGACAGGACCCUAAAAGUCAAUAAGUCCUACCAAAAUUGGGAUGAUUGUGAGGUCUGCUGCAACCACUAUGACAACUUUAGCUUUUAAAAGUAAUCAUGGUGCAAGCUUGAAAUGCAUUUUGUGCACGGGUGUAAUUACACCGCCGGCACAUGUGAGUUUGCUUGCCAACUUUGUUCCAGACUGACUAAUGUGAGUCCUUUACAAACAUUAUGCCUGUCUUCAGCAUACCGUUUGUGCUGGCGAUGACGUAAACAGCUUCUUCUCUUCCAGGCAGUACUGUCAGUGCUCCUGUAAGUAAAAGCAUGUUUGGACUGUGUGGGCAUGAUCUGCAUGCACAUAGUCCUACUAACAACUAACUUUUAAUGUUCCAACGUCCCUCUAGCCAGUCAGCCCCUUGUCCACCCCACCACCCUCUAAACAGACCUUCAUUCUUCCACUCCUCAGCGAUUGGGAUGAGGGUGUGCUUUACCGGUAAGAUGAGCUGUCAUUCAGUUCAUCUUGACACUUAUGAAAAUAAACACAAGGCACAUUCACAGUGUAGCAUUCAGUGGACCACAGACACGUAGAUGAAUGAUGCUGUAGGACAUGAUAGUGGAGAACUUUGCCCAGCGCUGAAUUCAAGGUAAGUUGUGAUUUUUUUUGCAAUUAUGUCUAAAAAACAACAACAACAAACAAACAAAAAACGAACGAGUGUCCAAUAGGGCAUUUGCACUUAAAGGGACACUAUAGUCAACAGAACAACUACAGCUUGAUGUAGUUGUUCUUGUGUGUAUAGCAUGUCCUGCAAGCUUUUUAACGUAAACAGUGCCUUUUCAGUGUUUACAUGACUGCCUAUGUGACAGUCACUCAGGCGGCCACCAGAGUUGCUUCCUGGUUCAGUGCUGCACAACAUGCAGCAUUGACUUUUCAGGGAAAGAGUAUUUACAUUGGUGCCAAGGAACACCUCUAGUGGCAGUCACUCAGAUGGCACUGUACUGACUUUGAGCGAUGAUUGCACCUGAAAGAGAUGCAUUUAUUCAAUGAGGUGAUGUUUGAUGCUGGGGGUGACUUUUACACCUUUUUAAAGACAGGAGAACAUGGACAGAUGUCUAAACAGCGAUUUUAAAACUAUAGUGUUUUUAAUACACAUUUGUAUGAAAAAAAAUGGGUUUGAGUAACCCUUUAUAGAACCAACAACUCAGUAGCUUAGUUUGCAAGCUCAAAUGUCUGUAACUGUUAUUCCUAAUCAUGCCAGAUGUACUGCGCACAACAUCAGACCAUGUCAAAUCUGGUCUUAAAGUGCUUGCAUUUUUAUAUAGAAAGCUGCACAUGAAAACCCCAAGGAAAACAUACAUGACUAGAUCUUUGGAGUAAUUUUAAAAAAGUACCUACCGGACAACACUAAGACCUUUGUAUAAAUAAAAUUCAGACAGCUAUAUACGGUAAGCCAGGAGUGGUCUACAACUUCUUUGAUGCUUUGUUAGUAGUGCAGCUGUUCAGUGGCUACCUUUUGGCCACCCAUGAACCAUCCAAAGUAUCCCUAAGCACAGGUUACUGCUGGCCCCUCCAGUUUAAAAACUGUUGUUGAAAAAGGGAUUAUAAUUAAUACAAGUUCCUUUGUGGCCCUCAGACAUGAUGGAACAUGACUUUCUUUUAGUUUCUGUAUGCCUGCUGGCCAGAAGAAUCUUUUUAUUAAAAAAAAAUAAAAUUCAGUUCUUUAUUUUUGCAGUGCGGGUAGUUACAACCAAGUUUGCGAUGCCACCACAGACAAUCAUUAUCAUACAUAUUAGUACAUAGGCAUGGCAUGGAAAUACGUUGUACUAUUUUUAAAGGAAAAUUAAGUAAAGUAGAUUAGGCAUAAGCUUACACUGAGUGAUUUAAACUGCGGAUAGAUGUCUGGAUACGGUGAUAUUGUUCAAAAGUGAUAAAACUAGCUAGGUUCGCCUGUCUGAGUUAAAAAUGCUGGUUAACCCCUUAGCGCGGUUACGGCGUUCUAUGCCGUCCCGCAAAUAAAAGGACUUUAAAGCCGUUGCAGCGACAUAGAACGCCGUAGCGGCUUGCAGCCCCUGGAGGUCCGGUUGACUUACCUCCGCCGUGAUCCACGCCUGGAGGGCUGCCUGACAGAUAAUAUUUUAAGUAAAAGUGAAGUUUUUUGCAUUAUUUUACAAACGAACGGCACUUUUAUGGACUAUAUUAUUGUUGUAAUAUGUUUUACUGUUUUAAAACACUAAUAUUUGUGUUUAGUGAAGUCUCCCAAGAAUAACAGUACCCCCCAUGUACAGGUUGUAUGGUGUUUUGGAAAGUUAGAGAGUCACAUAUAAGGAUUGCAUUUCAUUUUUUUGACAUUGAAAUUUGCCAGAUUGGUUAUGUUGCCUUUGAGAGCGUAUGGUAGCCCAGGAAUGAGAAUUACCCCCAUAAUGGCAUACCAUUUGCAAAAGUUGACAACCCAAGGUAUUGCAAGCGGGGUAUGUCCAGUCUUUCUUAGUAGUCACUUAGUCACAAACACUGGCCAAAUAUAUAUUUUUUGCUUUUUUCACACAAAAACAAAUAUGAAUUCUAACUUUGGCCAACUUCCAACCCCAUACUCUACAGGUCUGUUGCAGUUGCCCUUGACACCAAGGGACCAGAAAUCCGAACCGGUCUUAUUAAGGGCAGUGGCACAGCAGAGGUGGAGCUGAAGAAAGGGGGAACCCUCAAGGUGACCCUGGAUGAUGCCUUCCAAGACAAAUGCGAUGAUAAUGUGCUGUGGGUAGACUACAAGAACCUCCCCAAGGUGGUGCAGGCUGGCAGCAAAAUCUAUAUAGAUGAUGGACUCAUUUCCCUGCUGGUUAAGGAAGUUGGCAAACACUGUUUGACAGAAGUGGGAAAUGGAGGGUCUCUCGGUUGCAAGAAGGGUGUGAACCUUCCUGGCGCAGCAGUGGAUCUGCCUGCUGUUUCUCCCAAAGACAUUGAAGACCAGCAAUUUGGUGUUGAGCAGGGUGUGGAUAUGGUAUUUGCCUCCUUCAUCCGCAAGGCAGCUGAUGUGCAUGCAGUAAGGAAAGUUCUGGGGGAGAAAGGAAAAAAUAUCAAGAUAAUCAGCAAGAUUGAAAACCAUGAAGGCGUGCGCAGGUUUGAUGAGAUCCUUGAAGCCAGUGAUGGUAUCAUGGUUGCCCUAAGUGACCUUGGUAUUGAGAUCCCAGCAGAAAAGGUCCUUCUGGCCCAGAAGAUGGCUGUUGCAAUCGCGCUGGCAAGCCUAUGA